AGGAAGAUUCGACCACUUGCCACCUUCUUACCAAGCCUUUACUUCCUGGCCCGUUUCCCUUUCCAGCUCCCAUAGUGUGUACCUUCACGAUUUCCGACGACUCAACUUUUUACCGGACGGUCAUUGAUAUUCCAAAAAUUCGUCGGGGAAGUACCGUACAUUCUCCGCACAUACAGUGAGAACCAUCAGUAGCCUUAUGGAAGAAAGCAGAUUACUCUGUGCAGAUCUGAACGGCCGUUUCCUUCAAAGCACAAUACUAAAGAAGGCUUCAUAUAUCAAUUAUUAAGUGAUACAUGUAUUCAAUUGUAGGUUCUUCACAGCAAGAUUUCUAACAAAAUUAAAAUGUAGGAAUAUUGGCAAGUUUAUAGCUUGACAUAUACAUAUCUGUGUGCAAAGCUGGGGCAAUGUAUUGAACGCCGUAUUAUCAAGAGGUAUCUGUAGUUAAAUGAUUGUAACUAUCAUACUAUUGAUAAAUAAAGAAAAUUGUGCUAAAGUAUCCUAUCUUUGCUUUUGUAAAUUCGUAGAAUUGAAUCAUAGUCAAGAGCGUUUUAACAAUAUUAAGGUAAAGAAUAAAGAGCAAGAGAAGAUGCAUCAAUGUCAUUGUUAUUGUCAAUAUUGAUUAUUACUAUUUGGUCUGUCUAUUAUUAUUAUUAUUAUUAUUGCUGUUAUUAUUAUUUACAGGGUGCCGCGAUUCAGUAAAAGAGGUAGAAUCAUGAUUUUCAGUAGUUCUUGAAAUUGCUUGAGAUAAAGCUGCUGGUGAUACUGGAGGUAAUUGAGGGGUAUAUGAUGUGUGAUCUGAUGCUGGUGAAUACUGACUAGGACCAUGAGUCCGAGGUUGAUUGUUCAAGGGCGAAUAUUGAUGCUGCUGCUGCUGCUGCUGCUGGAAACUGUUGAACAGUAGAGGCUGGUCAUGUUCAGGUAACUUGUCAACACCAUAUUUAGGAUUUAUUA